AAGUUAGGCUUUCAUACUUUAUAUAAAAUGUACAGCACAAAAAACAAUGAAAAAAUAUAAAUAUUCUGAUACGUAUUUACUAUAUUAUGAUUAUUUCAAUAAAUGACUCAAGCUUUCAAUUCAGGAAGCAUUAAGAAUGUCGACGAUUCUCAAACAUCUGGUUCUAUUCGCUUGCUGAUAAAAACUCAUCAAAAGCGUUCGAGCUGUUAAGUAAAUGCAUAUGCAGAUUGAUUUAUCUGAAACCGCUUCUUAGUAUUGAACAGGUCCAAAUAUAUAUUGAUAUACAACUUCCGUCGUCUAUAGAUACAAAUGUAUGUACAUAUAUAGAAAUAAAUUACUGAUACUGUGAAUGCGAAGAUUCUCGAGCGUUAUUUAAGAGAACAAAUUAAACCUCGUACGGAAAACCCAAGAUUAGCUGGAUUCAGUUUUAAAUUGGACCUGAGCGCUUCAAGUUCGAAAUAUUAUACUUGUAAUUCAAAAUGAAAAUAGUUGCAACAGUUUUGCUUAUUAUAUUUAAUUUGGGGAUCAUACAUUCAAAUCAUGAAUAUGAUCUCACUACGGAAAGCAACGAAGUGAAAAACACUACCUUUGCAAUUAUCACAGACAAUGAAGAAAAGUGCUACGGGUAUUGUUUUAACAUCAUACAACCUGUCUUAGAACAUACUGUCCAUAUACAAGUGAAGGACCAACAAAUUCUAAAACUAGCCAAACAGAUAGAAGAUCUCAAAAUGAAGGUGGCAAUAUUCGAAGAGACCAUCAAAAAUAAGGAUGAACAGAUUCUCGUGUCUGAUAAAUACAAAAAUGAAACUCUUGAACUUUUUUCCCAAUCAAAAGAAAAAGUCAUUGAAUAUAAAACAAAACUUGAGAAUUGUCUAGCCCCAAAUUGUAUUGGUAAAGUAACUGAUAUAUAUGAGAUAAAAGUGCCUGGAAUCGAUGCAUUUUCUGUGCCAUGUGACUCGCGCUUAGCUGGCGCUGGAUGGACUGUAAUUCAAAGACGUAUGGAUGGAUCUGUAGAUUUUAAUCGUAAUUGGACAGAUUAUCGACAAGGAUUUGGUGAUCUGCGUGGAGAAUUUUUCAUUGGACUCGAUAAACUGCAUCUAAUAACUAAAUCGCAAACGCACGAGUUGUACAUUUACCUUAACAACGGAGAGGCAUACGCUCGAUAUGAUAAUUUUUACAUUGGAGAUGAGGAAGAGUUUUAUAAAAUAAAAUCCAUUGGCAGAUACUCUGGUAAUGUUGGCGAUGCCUUGAGUAAUCAUUUUGGCUCGAAAUUUUCGACUUCAGAUCGGGAUAAUGAUGUCAGUUCUAAUCAUUGUGGACAACAAUACAAAUCUGGUUGGUGGUUUACGAAUUGUUAUACAAGUAAUUUAAAUGGUCUAUAUAAUGGAACUAAUACCUUUGUCUGGCGCACAUGGUAUCAAAAGAACCUUAAAAAUGUUCAAAUGAUGAUUAGACCAAAAUAGAAAUUUGAAAAUUUUUAACAAACAAUUAAAUUUAACCGACUAAGCAACACAAAAAUAUACAACAAAUAAUACUUAAAACUUUGAGAUAUCUAUUCCGAAAAAUACAAAACAAUACAAUGAAAAAUGCUUCUCCUCUAAAAUAUGUGGAAUUGGUCUACACAUAAAAUAUAUUAUAUAUUAUGAUAAAUGUAAUUUCGAACAUUACCUAUGCUCAAUCAUUUAAACUAUGGUCUUUUUUUAGGAUAUAAAGCAGACUUACUUCAUAUAGAAUGUACAGCACAAAAAAAUAUAAAUAUUCUGAUACGUAUUUACUAUAUUAUGAUUAUUUCAAUAAAUGACUCAAUCUUUCAAUUCAG